CUAGACUUAAAAGUUUGGAAGUUUGAAAAUGGACAGAUGUUCUGCUUGUGUUGGGAAUCCACUUCUACAUGUGGACAUCCACAUUGAUGAGCAGGAAUCUCUUCGAGGAAUCCUGGAGCUCCUCAGCAGACUCCGUCCUCAUUGGAAGGCAGAAGACGUUCAGAUUAAGACCUUCACUGAGGGAAUCACCAACCAGCUGAUCGGCUGCUUUGUGGGCUCUCUGCAGGAGCCGGGCUGUGUUCUGGUGCGUCUCUACGGCCGCAUGACGGAGCUCUACGUGAACAGGGACCGGGAGGUGGAAAUGUUCCAGGUGCUCCACGCCCACGGAUGCGGUCCGCAGAUCUACUGCAGCUUCCAGAACGGCAUCUGUUACGAGUUUGUGAGAGGGACAGUGCUGGACGACGAGCUGCUCCGACAGCCCUCCAUCUACAGAUUGAUCGCGGCUGAGAUGGGGAGAAUCCACUCCAUCCAGCCAAAAUGUGGUCGUCCCGUUGAACCUCUACUCUGGAGCAAAAUGUCCCGCUUUCUCACACUGGUGCAGAGCAGCGCGAACAGCAGCCCGGCUCAGCAGCGCUGCGUGAAAAGUGCUGCAGCUGUGCGAGAGGUCCCGAGCUUUGAGACUCUGUCAGAGGAAAUGGACUCGCUGCAGAGACACCUCUGCCAGAUCGACUCGCCCACCGUCCUCUGUCACAACGACCUCCUGACCAAAAACAUCAUCUACAACCACAAAGAGGGAAUGGUGAAAUUCAUUGACUACGAGUAUGCCGAUUACAACUACCAGGCCUUCGAUAUUGGCAAUCACUUCAAUGAAUUUGCUGGUGUGAACGACGUGAACUACAGCCUGUACCCGAGCCGGGAGCUGCAGAGAGACUGGCUGACGGCGUAUCUGGAGAGUUACAAACAUAGCUCAGGCCGUGAGGUCGCCGUUACAGAGGCAGAAGUUACACAGCUUUACAUCCAAGUCUGCAAGUUCUCCCUGGCAUCCAACUUCUUCUGGGGUCUUUGGGCCAUCCUGCAAUCACGCUUCUCCUCAAUUGACUUUGACUUCCAAAGGUAUGCCAUGUCACGACUCAACUACUACUUUGAGAAGAAAGAGGAAUAUUUUGGACUGAUGUUGAGCUAGAAUCAGAGGAAAGAGGACCAGAAAUGUUCAAAACCAGAAGCAGCUGUCCUCCUUUGUCACACAAUACAAAUCCAUGCUGGAAAUGAAGGCAUAUAGAAUAAGCAGAUAAAUGAGCCUCCCAUUGUUUGUUUCUUCUUGGAGCUGCAAAGUGAGUCCUUAAGUUCUGCAAUCACUGUGAUUUUUUAAAAUAUGUGUUUUACCACAGUCAGUAUGCCGAUAAGCCUAUUUGGCAUCUUGAGAUCAGCCUCAUGCCAGAAACACAUUAAUUGUUCCCACAUUUAGCAGAGUUGCAUGAAGCCACAAAAACUGAGCCCGAUCAUAAAAGCCAUAAGUCGGUUAUUUGCAUGCUUAUUCAGUGAGCCCCACAGAUCUGAUGGAAAACAAGUUUCCAUUUCAGCUUAUUUACUUAAGCAUGCAGAGGGUUAGUUGAAUUCUCGGUCCUCAGGAAUAACGUUACAAAGCUGCUUUUUAUUUCACUUUGUCCACAAAUCAUACAGUUCACUGCUGAUACACUCACAUGUACAAACACACACCGCUGAUUGGAGCGCUGCCACAGGAUGUGUGAAACAGCACUUCCUGCUCUCGUCAUUUAAACAUCACAUUCAAAAUGUUUACUAAAUCAAUGGUCCAAUAAGUGUUAAGCGUCACAUCAAUAUGUAUUUAAAUAUAACCGAUGAGUGUUAAUGUU